CUCCAGGAAGGAAGCCAAGGCGGCGCUGUCUCCGCCCGACUGAUGCGGUCAAGCUUCAAACGCACCUUGAAAACUUCUGAGGGACAGGCGGCUGGAGGAGGACGGAUCAGAGGGGAGGGGAGGGGUAUAAAAACAAACGCACCUGAAGGCAGCAGCAGGUUUCAGAGACGAGAGGAGACGAGUGAACAAGAUUUAAUUCACAGAGGAAAAGAAAACAGAUCUGUUCUUAUCAGUCAGAUUAAUAUCAGACUUUAAAUCAAAAAUAGGAAAGAAAAUUGAACCAAGUUAAAAACUCCGGUUUGUCAAAGGUUGUUGCAAAGCAGCAGCGGACGGUGAUUGGUCGGUUGAUGGAUCACAGGAUGUGGAUGUGGCGCAGCGUGCUGUGCAUGUCUCUGGUUUACGGUCUGGCUCUGGACUCGAACACCAUCCGAUCGUCCAAGGAGACGGAGACGCAGCGCUCGGAGCCGGAUCGUUCCCAUGGCGACCAGGUGGAGCGGGCAGCAGGAGGUCGGACGGAGACGAAUCAUCGAGCGACGCCUCCGUGUUCCACAGCUGAGUGCGACAUACCUGUGAGGGGGGGCUGCAGUAACAGAGCUCAGAGGAGGCCGUCCUCUCAGGACAGACAGGUGGACAGACAGGUGGACAGGCAGGUGGACAGAGAGACAGACAGGCAGGUGGACAGAGAGACAGACAGACAGGGAGACACCGACAGCUUCAACAGGACAAAAGCUCCGGAGAUGGCGAGCUGCGUCCGGUCUGGAGACUGUGGGGCGGGGCUGUGCUGCGUCCGCUAUCUGACGGGGAAGCGGUGUCAGAAGAUCCCGGGGGAGGGCGAGGCCUGUCUGCUGCUGCGGGGCUCCACCAAACUCAGGAGGAACCUGGGGCGCUGCAACUGCCACACGGGGCUGUCCUGCACCGCCAUCGACCGGGCGGAGUCAGGCAAGAACAAGGGCCAGGGGGUGUGUCUGCCCCGCCCACAGCAGGGCCAGAGGAAGACAAGGCAUUCUGGGAAAAAGAAGAGGACGACAGAGAGGAGCUGCUGAUCGUUUCAUCAACAGUUUAUAUUUAACACACAGUAGCUGUUUGAGUGGGGCCCUUCAGUGGGGCCCUUCAAUGAGGCCCUUUAGAGGGGCCCUUUAGAGGGGCCCUUUAGUGAGGCCCCUUUAGAGGGCCUUUAGAGGGGCCCUUUAGAGGGGCCCUUUAGUGAGGCCCUUCAGUGAGGCCCUUUAGAGGGGCCCUUCA